AUGGAUCCCCUCGUGGUCUUCCUCCUCCUCCUCUGCACCUUCCAAGCUGCAAGUGAGUAAAAUCUGGGAGACUCUCAGUUAAAUUCUCUCUCUCUGCUCCAUCAUGCAACACCCUAGCCUUUCUCUCUCUCUCUCUCUCUCUUUCUUUCUUUCUUUCUUUCUUUCUCUCUCUCAAAAUAUUUUUAUUGCAGUAGCUUACCUAAGGUUAUACACAAUAACUGUAACCAUUCCAAACAUAAAAAUAAAAAGGUUCUUUCGAACAUUCAGACUUCCUUCCCUCCUUUUUCUUUUUUCCUGCAUCUUUUACCGUUAUCCAUCUAUUAUAUAUAGUAACCAAAGUUCAUUUCACUUUACAAGUAUCAGUGUAUCUCUGCCAAUGAUUUCAACUGUCUACAGUGGUCUUUUACGUAUAUUAAGAAGUUAUUCCAAUCUUUUAAGAAUACGUGGGUCUUCCUGGUUUCUGAACUUUCCCAUCAGUCUUGCUAUAUCUGCCUAUUCCUAUUCCAUCAGUUUGGUCAGCCACGCUCCCCGGGUCGGUACUUCUUUCCAUCUCUGGGCUAGGAGCAUUCUCGCUGCAGUCGUUGCAUACAUAGUAUUUUAUUUUCUUUUAGUAGUUCAUCACCUAUUAUCAAUGACAAACCUAGACAGCAUCUUAAAAAGCAGAGACAUCACCUUGCCAACAAAGGUCCGUAUAGUUAAAGCUCUGGUUUUCCCAGUCGUGAUGUAUGGAAGUGAGAGCUGGACCAUAAAGAAGGCUGAUCGCUGAAGAAUUGAUGCUUUUGAGUUAUGGUGCUGGAGGAGACUCUGGAGAGUCCCAUGGACUGCAAGAAGAUCAAACCUCUCUAUUCUGAAGGAAAUCAACCCUGAGUGCUCACUGGAAGGACAGAUCCUGAAGCUGAGGCUCCAGUACUUUGGCCACCUCAGGAGAAGAGAAGACUCCCUGGAAAAGACCCUGAUGUUGGGAAAGAUGGAGGGCACAAGGAGAAGGGGAUGACGGAGGACGAGAUGGUGGGACAGUGUUCUAGAAGCUACCAGCAUGAGGGAGGCAGUGGAAGACAGGAGGGCCUGGCGUGCUCUGGUCCAGGGGGUCACGAAGAGGCGGACACAACUAAACGACUAAACUACUACUACACCUCUUAUAUCUACCAGAAAAGCCUCUUAGAGCCCAACUAAGUUUGUUCUUGGUAUAAGCUUUCGUGUGCUUGCAAAUACCAAGAACAAACUUAGCUUAUACCAAGCACAACUUAGUUGGUCUCUAUGGUGCUACUGGACAAUUUUUUAAUACAUUUAGAAAAGCCACUGGCUUUUAAACAAAAGUUUUCUUCAAAUUUUCUUAUAUCAUUUCCCAGAAAGCUUUUACCACCCCACAGGACCACCACAUAUGAUAAAAGGUACCCUCUUUCCUUUCACAUUUCCAGCACAAAUAUGAGCUGCCCUUGCCUCUUCCCUUGGGGAACUUUUUGGGGUUCAGGUACAAGCAGGCAAGGUGCGUGGAGAAAGGGGGCUCCUAUUUUGCAUCCAUCCUAAUUUGCUCACUUGGAGGUUAGUUGGCAUCCUGCCUUUAUUGAGGGUCCCCCCCCCCAUUUGUUUUCUGGGAGGCUGUUCAACAGUGAACAUUGAGAAGGAUUUGCUUGUGGGGCUGCUUAUCCAUCUUCCCCCGAGUCAUUUGUUCAUUCCACCCUUUCCAUAAUGUGGCGGGGAGUCUGUUUCUUUUUAAAGCUGGCUCUGUCAGGUGAGGGUAGCAAGGGACCUUUCUUGUACAAAAAAAUCACUUGAAAUCUCUUACCACUCAGCGAUUUUGGGGGGAAAUAACAUCUUGUCCAGGGCCGGACUGAGGUUUGAUGAGGCCCUAAGCUACUGAAGGUAAUGGGGCCCUUUAUAUGUCCAGCUGUCCUUUGUCAACAAUGAAUUUUCACUGUUUUUCGUGUUGAAUAUAUGCUAUAUGGUAAUUUAUGGACCUAAUAGGUAUCUCAAGCCCUUUGCACAUGUUGCCCUGCAACCAGUCCAUGCUGAACGUAGGCACCCUAUAUAUAGAAAGGAGCAAAGCAGUGAUAUUUUAGGGAGCAGGCGAGCAGGCGGGGCCCAUGACUCACAUCCUAGGAGCCUACACAACACAAAACACUGUUGCUGUAUGUAGGUUUUGUUUUACAGUGGUACCUCGGGUUAAGAACUUAAUUCGUUCCGGAGGUCCGUUCUUAACCUGAAACUGUUCUUAACCUGAAGCACCACUUUUGCUAAUGGGGCCUCCUGCCGCCACCGCACGAUUUCUGUUCUCAUCCUGAAGCAAAGUUCUUAACCCAAGGUAAUAUUUCUGGGUUAGCAGAGUCUGUAACCUGAAGUGUAUGCAACCCGAGGUACCACUGUAUUUGUUUUUUAUCCUAUACAGUGGUACCUCGGGUUACAGACGCUUCAGGUUACAUACGCUUCAGGUUACAGACUCCACUAACCCAGAAAUAGUACCUUGGGUUAAGAACUUUGCUUCAGGAUGAGAACAGAAAUUGUGUCUGGUGGCGCGGCGGCAGCAGGAGGCCCCAUUAGCUAAAGUGGUGCUUCAGGUUAAGAACAGUUCCAGGUUAAGAACAGACCUCUGGAAUGAAUAAAGUUCUUAACCCGAGGUACCACUGUAUUUUGGAAAUGUACAUUCAGGUUUUUCUUCCUUUAAAUUUUUUUGGGGCCCCCAAGAGAGUGGGGCCCUAAGCUACAGCUUGUUUAGCUUAUACGUAAAUCCAGCACUGAUCUUGCCCCUUCUUGGUUUGUUGCCCCAGGGCUGGAUGACACAGGAUGGGUGAACUUGGUCGAAGGUUUUGGGGAGUCCGUCACGUUGCCCCUGGAGAUUCCUACCCAGAACAUCUCCACGCUCUUCUUGAACUGGAAGUCUUUGUCGAGGAAGAAGGCACUGGCUCUGUGGACCCCCCAGCACCCCUUGUUUGUCAUCGACGCCGAGUAUUCUGGGAGAGUGAACUUCUCCAGGGAGAAGAAAGUCUGGCAAAUACGCAACUUGACCCUGGCAGACGGUGGACCCUAUGAAGUCGUGAUGGGAGUCGUCCCCCGCGAGACCAUCUUAAAAAAUUACACACUGUUCAUAUUUCGUAAGUUCUGAGGGCACAGCAAGGCAUCCUUGGGAACCGUAGGAUCGUAGAAAUGUAGCGUUGGGUAGGAAUCCCAAGGGUCCAAACCCCCUGCAUUGGGGGGGGGGUCACUCCGAAUGGGAGUUGCUAUUUGUGGCACCAGUAGAUCUUCAGGGAAAUGUUGCCAGGAGGAAUAGUUUAGAGAAAAGUUGGUGUUAGAGAGAUUCAGCUCAUGGGCUGGAAAAAUAAGGGGCAUCAUCGAGGAUGUUGGGUCUGUAUAUUGGGCUACAGAGACAGCCACUUGAUUCGGGACUGGCAAAAUAAAGUUCUUCAUGCAGCACAUACCGUAUUUUUCGCUCCAUAAGGCGCACCUGACCAUAAGACGCACCUAGUUUUUAGAGGAGGAAAAUAUUCUGAAUGAAACAGUGGAUGUAUGAUUUUUGUGGUUCAUGCUGUUUCCACAGACAUGUGAUUUGACAGUGAGUUUGGGGUAGCCGAAUGCAAAAAUCCUGAGGAUCCAUGUGGAUCCGUGCUUUGUAACCACGUUUUUGCACCAUUGUGGCCCCACAAAACAGUGGGUGCGUGAUUUUUCGGUACAGGCUGUAGCCAUGGUCAUGCUAUGUGAUCUGAUGGUGAAUUUGGGGUGACCCAAUGCAAAAAUCCAUGGGCUUUUACCUCCCCCCUCCCAGGCAGCCUCCUUUAUCUCUAGCGUCCCUUAUCUCCCUCCCCGAUCUCUUGCCAAUCAGCGGCUUGUUUCAACACUCCCUUCCCUCUUUCUAAAAAAAAAGCAUGAUCUGCUUUUCUCCCCUGGGCAAUUCGGCUCCAGGGACCACGCCUUCGCCCCGUAAGACACACAGACAUUUCCCUUACUUUUUAGGAGGAAAAAAGUGCGUCUUAUGGAGUGAAAAAUAUGGUAGUUGAAACUGUAGAACUCCCUUCCGCAGGAGGCAGUGAUGGCUACCAAACUGGGUGGCUUUAAAAAGAGGAUUGGGCAAAUUCAUGGAGAAGGAAAGGGCUAUCGACGGCUACUAGCCAAAAUGGCUAGGCUCUGCCCCACAGUUGGAGGCAGCGAUGCUUCUGAACACCAGGUGCUGGAGAUGGCAGGAGGGGCGAGGGCUCUUGUGCCCAGGUGCCACUUGCAGGUUUCCUAAAAGAGGCAUCUGUUAGAAGAGGAGGCUGGGCUUGAGGGCCCCCUUUGGCCUGAUCUAGUUCUUAUGGAACCUCAAGGUUCAGAGGCAGUCUAUCUGGGUUCCUGGGUUCCUAGGGACAUUUGGCCACUGUGAUGGCAGGAGGCUGCACUAGGUCGGCGACUGGCCUGAUCCAGCAGGCUCUUCUCACGAGUAAAAUGUGCAUGUACUAUUAUUUGGGGGAGUGAGGAAGUACACUGCUUCCCCCUUCCCAGUGCUCAAUUUUUCCUCCCCCCCCCGAAAAAAUCCUGCAGAUGAAUCCAGGACCAGCAGCAGCCCUCACCCCUCCCAAAAAAAGAUAUCCCUGUGAUCUGCAGGAAAUAAUACCAAUUCAGAGAAGCAAUUAGCCGAAACAGUUGCAUGAUUCGCGUAGAAAGAUAACAGGAAAGGGGAACCGCCUGCAGUGUGAUUCCUGCGUGUGUGUGAGCAAAACCAUCUUUAAACAAGAUCGCAGAGUCCAGGGCGUGAUGAGAGGCUUUCCUACCCUGCUGCUGACUGGUUUCCUGCGAGGGGCUCAACUGCAUCUCUGUUGAUAAGAAACCAGCUUGCUUCUCUCAGAGACUCAGAUCGCUUCCACGAAGACGAGCUGAGUCAAACUUCCAGGAUCUUGAUUCCUAUUGUGAUAGGAAUUUUAUGGUCUUAGAUAUAUAAUAAAUGUUCAUAAAUGUACCAACCAAACACACACAUAGAUCAGCACAGGAAGGCCGACCUGGAACCAUUUUGAUUCCUAAACCGAGCCAAUGUUUUCUCUGCAAGGUCAAAGUGGGAAACCUCCCAUUGUCUUUUCCUUCACAAAUCCUGUCUUAAGGGUGUGCCUGUGUUUGAAUAGGGUGUGAGCCUGUGACCUGGCCCAGGAACUAAGUAGUUAUUCAUUACAAAAGACUGGCCAGGCUCCCCAGGGUAUCCAAUCAAGUGACCAUUCAACAGGUAACCUGCCAGACAGGAGAUAAACAACAUUCAAAUUUCUGUUUUAAGACUGCCUUUUCUGUGAUGUAGGUGUGAUGUAUCUGAGGGGUGGUCUUAGGUUACACACCUUCUGUGAUGUAUGUAUGAUGUUUUUGGGGGUGGUCUUGAUCUACAGGGUGGCAAUUUCAAAAGUCUUUAUACGGCCUUGCGUGCCAUUGUUCUGGGUCCUCCUCCUUUUCUGCGUGUGAGGGGAGCACCCUGUUGCAACAGAUCAAUAAAGAUCAAGCUUACUAGCUGCUUUGCUUCUCAAUAUUCUCUGCUUGGCCUCUGUUAUUUUCUCCUACCAAUAGGGAACCUAUGUAAGGACUCUAUAUGGGCUCUUGGAUACCCCAUAAGGGAAAAGGGCAAUUUUUGUUUACAACAGAUGGCGACCACGAAGGGACAUUUGGUUACCCAGAUUCUGGGAGCGAGGAAGGACUGGUGAUCCAGCGCGCACCAGGCAGUUUGCCAGGAGGAAUAACCAGUACUCCAUUGAUCCCAGGGUCUGGAAAUAACUGGAGGUCCAGCGGGGUUAACCAGAGGAAGCAAAACUCUUUAUUUGCCAGAACAUCAAGGCCGUGGUUCACCUGGUGCAGCCUCCUGUCUUCACAGUGGCCAGCCAGUUGCCUCAAAGGGAAACCAUCGUGCAGGAUCCAAGUGAAAGAGCAGCUCUCCCCUCCUGCGGUUUCCAGAAGGGGGAAUUUGGGAGCCUUGCUUCCUCCAACUGCAGAGGCAGAACAGAGCCCUCUCCCCCUCCAUGAAUGCCCCCAUUAUUCUUUUAAAGCCAUCCAGCUCUACCUCUCUUUCAAAUCAGAACCAGUGAAGGCGGUGAAGGUCCUGUCUGAGUGUCUGGAGGCGGUUGGAGGAUGGAUGGCGGCUAACAGAUUGAGGUUGAAUCCUGACAAGACAGAAGUACUGUUUCUGGGGGACAGGAGGUGGGCAGGUGUGGGGGACUCCCUGGUCCUGAGUGGGGUCACAGUGCCCCUGAAGGACCAGAUGCGCAGCCUGGGAGUCAUUCUGGACUCACAGCCGUCCAUGGAGGCGCAGGUCCAUUCUGUGUCCAGGGCAGCUGUUUAUCACCUCCACCUGGUACACAGGAUGAGACCCUACCUGCCCGCGGACUCUCACCAGAGUGGUGCAUGCUCUGGUUAUCUCCCAUUUGGACUACUGCAAUGCGCUCUACGUGGGGCUACCUUUGAAGGUGACCCGGAAACUACAACUAAUCCAGAAUGUGGCAGCUGGACUGGGGACUGGGAGCGGCCACCGAGACCACAUAACACCAGUCCUGAAAGAUCUUCACUGGCUCCCAGUAUGUUUCCGAGCGCAACUGAAAGUGUUGGUGCUGACCUUUAAAGCCCUAAACGGCCUCAGUCCAGUAUACCUGAAGGAGCAUCUCCACCCCCAUUGUCCAGCCCAGACACUGAGGUCCAGAUCAGAAGGCCUUCUGGCGGAUCCCUCCCUGUGAGAAGUGAGGUUACAGGGAACCAGGCAGAGGGCCUUCUCGGUGGUGGCGCCCGCCCUGUGGAACGCCCUCCCAUCAGAUGUCAAAGAGAUAAACAACUACCAGACUUGUAGAAGACAUCUGAAGGCAGUCCUGUUCAGGGAAGUUUUUAAUGUUUAAUAGACUAUUGUGUUUUAAUAUUCUGGUGGAAGCCGCCCAGAGUGGCUGGGGUAUAAAUAAUAAAUUAUUAUUAUUAUUAUUAUUAUUAUUCUCAACCAUUCCUCAUAAGGCUUCGUUUCCAGACCCUUGACCAUCUCAGUCACCCUCCUCUGCACAUGCUUACAGCUUUUCGAUAUCCUCCUCAAACUGAGGAGCCCAGAACUGGACGCAGUAUUCCAGGUGGGGUCUGACCAAGGCAGAAUAAAGCAGGACUGUGACUUCCCUUGAUCUGGGCACUAGACGUCUGUUGAUGCAGCCUAGAAUAGCCUUAGCCUUUUUUGCUGCUUCAUCACACGGUGGGCUCACUAUGGCCAGAUUCAGACCCAUAAAGGGUUGGGGAGGGAAUAGAAUGACGUGCUUCUUUCUCUGCCCCCCAAUUCUUGUCCAUCUCCCACCCACCCCCACCUUUCCCUGCCCCUCUGCAGGCAUCAACAUCACCAAAACGUGGUGGGAGAUCAGCUCCUGCACUUUGUUCUGCGAGUUGGGGGCCGGGAAGAUGGCCAACGUGACCUACAACUGGACUCUCACGGCGACGGGGGCCCCACUUUCCCAAAGCAGCCGACUCGACCUCGUCAUGCGCCCCACAGAUGCGCAUCAGUCCUACUCAUGCGGCGCAAAGGCUCUUGGGGUCCAGGUGACAUGGGACAUCUCUCCCUACGAAGACUGUGGGGUCAAGGCUUCAGGUAAAUGCCUUCAGGGAAUCGCAGAAUCAAAGAACUGGAGAGUUGGGAGGGGACCCCGAGGGUCAUCUAGACCAACCCCCUAUGAUGCAAGGGACACAGCAGAAGUUCCUAAAAUAAUGCCUGGCAUGGAGAAAGCAGAGAGAGGAAAGGUUUGCUCCUUCUCUCCUAAAACUAGAAUUCAUGGGCAUCCAAGGAGGUUGUCCAUUGGCAGAUUCAGGAUGGAUAAUAAAAUAAUAAUAAUAAUAAUAAUAAUAAUAAUAAUAAUAAUAAUUUAUUUAUAUCCCGCCCUCCCCAGCCGAAGCCGGGCUCAGAGCAGCUAACAACAAUAAAAGUAACACAGAUUUCUAAAAUCAAUUCAUUCUAAAAUUAAUUCAGAGUCAAAUUAAUGGCAACCAUUGGGCUAGAGUUAUCUGAGGAUCGCCAGUGGAGGGAGUCAGGCUGUGCCCUGGCCAAAGGCCUGGUGGAACAGCUCCGUCUUGCAGGCCCUGCGGAAAGAUGUCAAGUCCUGCAGGGCCCUAGUCUCUUGGGACAGAGCGUUCCACCAGAUCGGGGCCACGGCCGAAAAAGCCCUGGCUCUAGUUGAAGCCAGCCUAACCUCCCUGUGGCUCAGGACCUCCAAGAUGUUUUUAUUUGAAGACCAUAAGUUCCUCCGUGGGACAUACCAGGAGAGGCGGUCCCGUAGGUACAAGGGUCCUAGGCCGUAUAAGGCUUUAAAGGUUAAAACCAGCACCUUAAACCUGAUCCUGUACUCCACCGGGAGCCAGUGCAGCUGGUAUAGCACUGGGUGAAUGUGAUCCCAUGGCAAGGACCCCGUAAGGAGUCUUGCCGCAGCAUUCUGCACCCGCUGGAGUUUCUGGGUCAGUUUCAAGGGCAGCCCCGUGUAGACCGAGUUACAAUAAUCAAGCCUGGAGGUGACUGUCGCGUGGAUCACAGUGGCGAGGUCAGGGUGAGAGAGGUAAGGAGCCAACUGCUUAGCUCCUUAGGAUAAAAGAAAGUCUUUCCUCACAGCAGCACAGAGUUAACCUAUGGAACUCCCUCCCACCGGACAGGAGGCAGCAAUGGCCACCGACUUGGGUGGAUUUAAAAGAGGACUGGGCAAAUUCAUGGAGGAGGAGAGGGCUAUGGAGGGCUCCUGGCCACAACUGGAGGCAGCAGUGUUUCUGAAUGCCAGUUGCUGGAGAGAGUUGCUCUUGUGCUCAGAUCCUACUAGUAAGCUUUCCUUUGGGGCACCUGGUGAGGAGGCUGGACUGGAUGGGCCCCCUUCGGCCUGAUCCGGCAGCAGCCAGGCUCUUCCUGUGUUCUUGUGGAAACUCCAGGUGCAGGAGCAGUCUAUCCAGAUUCCUAGGUCCUUAGGAGUAUCCGGUCCCUGAGAGAUUAGGAUGCUGGGCUGGAUGGGUCUGAUCCUGCAGGCUUCUUCCCACGCCUUUAUAUUUUUUUCCAGACGAGUUGGUGGUUUUAAGCCGAUCCUUUGCCUCCUCUCUUUGCACAGCACUUGGGAGAAUUUGUGGUUUUGGGCUAAAUAAGUUUAUGUGAUUUCCCAAUAAACAAACAUGAAACAAUUCUCUCUCUCCCUCUCUCUUCCGCAGGACUUUUCGUGGUGCUCUGCUACUGGGCUGCCAAAAUCAUCCUCACGCCCGUCCCCCUCUUCUUCCUCUAUUAUCAUCACUUCAAGAAAGCCAAAUCCGCAAAAUAUACUGUCUCAAAGGAACGGACAGACGUGGACUACGAAGUCGUCCACUUUCAAGAAGCCGAUUACGAAAGGGACUACGUGAAUUAA